AUGGUGGGAGCAUUCAGCAAGCCGUCGAAACCACACGGCUCACGAUGCCGUUGGCUUACAUCGAAACGGUGUCCGCCUACGUCUGCGAGUUCGGCGGUGGGGACAACUUUGGGUCUGAUCUACCUCCUCGACCAGAUCUCGAAGAUGUUUGGCAGUCAGCUCUUCCUGGGCGAAGAGUUUUUGACCGCCAUCACCUUCGUCGACUUCAAAGAUGCUGAAAGCAGGUAUCCCUUCUUGAAAGCGGCUCUUUGGGCUUGCCAGCUCCACAGCCCCAAGCAUCAUGACUCAAUCUCUCGCCUUCUGAGCAAGACAGAUGUGGAGAAACUCAAGACAGCUGCCGUCAAGCAAACAGUCAAGAAUGCAGAGCAGCUGCUCAAGAUGUCCUGGGACAUCUUGGAGAAGCCUGGCUGGCUGAAUGAGAAGAAAGGGGUGGGCUUGAUUGCCAGGUUCAUGAUCAGAGUCGCCCUCUUUGUCUGCAACAAGAGUGGCAAAGGCAGAGAGCCCCAUGUGUACGAGACCCUGGCAGACGUACACGCGGCUUUCUCCCAGGAGCUUGAGGCGGUGAAGAAGGGCCACGACCCUGCCAAAGCGCCAGGUGCAGGUUCCUCGAGCUCUGCAGUUGGCAGCCCUGCGAAGCGGAUCAAGGACAACUCUUCUGCUGCUGCAAUCGCAUUGCGGCAGCAUUCCUGGUUGAAGGUGGGAGGCCGCUACUCCAGGAAGGACUGCACCGAUAUCCAUGUCUUUGAGGCAAUGACAGAUCAUGUGGCCCGCUUCCGUGUGGUUGACCCAUGGGGCCAGGAGAAGGAAGUGGAGGUGUUGCAUGCAGACUUGAAGGGCAUGAAAGCCACAGAGAAGAUGCCCCCAACCAUUUUGGAUCAGGGGCUUGUGGCCACGUUGGGCUUGAGCAGCUUCAAGGGCCUCUACUCCGAAGUUUCGCAUGCCCUCUACGAGCACUACCAGCAGCCAUUCGGUUUGAAACCUAAAUCCCUUUCAGUUGGUUGGGUUGCUCAGAACGAGCUAGAUGAGUCCUGGUUGCAUUACAGCAGUGACAACAAGAUCUAUGCUGCCAAGAACAUCAAGAAGGGCGGCCUCAAGCUGUACCCGGUGGGUUUCUUGGUCAGGAGCCAGUCGGAUGAGAGGGACAAGGGCAAAGCGAUCGUGAAGCACUCGGACAGCGGCUUCAAGUUCGUCGUGCAGCCUCCUCGGGUGGAGCUCGAGGCCGGCAAGUCCUGCUUGGUGCCUUACUUUUGGGUCCAGCCUUCCGCUGGCGAGAGCAACAUGGAGCAUGGCGAAACAGCGAUUGCUGGGAAAAGCAUCGUCGUACCGUUCUUGAAGAACAAGGCGAAGCUUGUAGCUGGCGAGCAGCUUCUUUUUGAAAGGCUUCCUGCCGGGGCCAAUCCUGGCAAAGGGGCGAAGAGGAAGGCUUGA